CAUUGGUCCUCUCCUCCUCCCAUCUGACCGUUCGAACUUCAGUGUUCUAAUGUCCACCGCUCGUCUCGACUUUUUCCAGACCCUAUCAUUUCACACAAAUUGAAACAGAAAUACUCUGGGAUAUGGACAUGUGCUGGUCUGUCUGUUGCACAACUCAGCAGGUCGGGAUCCAGUCGAUUUCUCACCCGAUGCGCGAAUCGCAAGCCUCGAGAUUGAACGUAUCUGAUCAAAUUUACCUUCUUGAGGAUUGGUCACCACAAAGAGACUUACGAGACGCGGUAUGGGAUGGCCGAAAACGUUGGGCCAAGCCGAGCAACUCGCUAGAGACCGAAUAUGGAAGACAAGUGGCCGAACUGGGACCGCCUACGGCGUCUGCACUUAUUUUCCGACGACUGCUCUAUAACGAACAGUUGCAAGUCUUACUGAGACGUGUAUCUGGUCGACAUGACAUGAGCGUGUCUAGUGCAUCCGUGUCAAAAUCUACUUGUGGUCGGAUCUCGUCUCACACUUGCUUCCGCGGGCAACACACUGUGGGCCAAUCGGAUACUGUAUCCGCAGCACGAGAGUCUGCCAACAUAGACGGCCCGGUCCUACAAGUGGGUUCGCCUUGUUCACCACGCUUGGGCAUUGUUGUCACAUUGAGUUCGGGUCAGGGCAUUCCUCAGAACCAUGUCAGCUGUCAUAGCUGCAUUGCGGGCAAGGCGAAUCCUGUGCGUACUCGAGGUCAACGAACAGCGCGACGUGACUGCUCGACAUGCUGUGCCAUUGCACACGACGAGGCCAUUCCUUGUCACAAAUGACACUUCACUAAUGGUUGAUCCCCCGAUCAUUCAAGUGUCCACUGUCUCC